GUUGGAGGGGGACAAGAGGGGAUCCGUUUUACUGUCACGCGUAUGGCAGUUUGGUAAUAUUUUCCCAAUCUGAGGGCGAAGAGCUGAACAUCUCUCCACAUACAGCUAACAGUACUAGCAGGCAGAGGCAGCAGCAGCAGCAGAUGCCCAUUCACAAUUACACUCCAAAAGAAAAGAAAAAAGAAAGAAAAAGAACAUCGCAGACCCCCUCUAUCUACUCUGUCUCUGCAUACAAUUCUGCGUAUUCUAGAGAGAGAAAGUGCGGAAAAGAGAUCUGAGUCCCUGCGGAUUUCAAAUCUCUCCCGGGAGUGUCCUCAAUUUUACACAUCUGGAUGUCUUCGUUCCGGCUCUGGGAAUGUGUUUCCGGGUGAUGUGAAAUUGAGAUCAAGGUUUUCGGAGCUUUUGUUUAUUGUCGGGAUCUUUUGGGAGCUGCGAACUGGAAUGAUUUCUCGGGAUUUUUUGUUGGAAAAUGGUGGAAGAUUUUCAAUUUGAGCUUCACUGUGGAUCAAGAGUGGGUGAAAUUUCAAUUAAUUGAUUGGUUGACAUAGAAACUGGAGAUAGAUAUUAGGAAGAGAAGUUAAUGGAGGAUUUGUCAAAAUAUGCACAUAGUCCUGCCCAUUUGGCAGUGCUGCGACGUGACUAUGCAACAUUGAAACGGAUUGUAGCCGCACUCCCUCAGCUCGCAAAGGCAGGCGAGGUGAAUACUGAGGCUGAGUCUUUGGCUGCUGAAGAGGAUGCUGAUGCUGUGUCUGCAGUGAUUGACAGGCGAGAUGUUCCUGGCAGGGAAACUCCUUUACACCUUGCAGUUCGGCUGCAUGAUGCGAUUUCUGCUGAGAUUUUAAUGGCAGCUGGUGCUGAUUGGAGUCUUCAGAAUGAGAAUGGAUGGAGUGCACUCCAGGAGGCAGUUUGUACGAGGGAGGAGAAUAUUGCCAUGAUCAUUGCCAGGCACUACCAGCCUCUAGCCUGGGCAAAAUGGUGCCGCAGGCUUCCUAGAAUUGUGGCAUCAGCGGCUCGAAUUCGUGACUUUUAUAUGGAGAUAACCUUCCACUUUGAGAGCUCAGUGAUACCGUUCAUUGGUAGAAUUGCCCCUUCAGAUACUUACCGAAUAUGGAAACGUGGUUCUAAUCUCCGGGCAGAUAUGACCCUUGCAGGGUUUGAUGGAUUCCGAAUCCAACGCUCUGAUCAAACUUUUCUCUUCCUUGGUGAGGGUCAUUCCUCAGAGGAUGGAAAUAUAUCUUUGCCUCCUGGCUCUUUGAUUGUGCUCGCGCACAAGGAGAAAGAGAUCACAAAUGCUCUAGAAGGAGCUGGUGUUCAACCAUCAGAGGCUGAAGUUGCACAUGAAGUGGCUUUGAUGUCUCAAACUAAUAUGUAUAGACCAGGAAUUGAUGUUACGCAGGCUGAGCUUGUCCCCCAUUUGAAUUGGAGAAGACAGGAGAGGACUGAGAUGGUUGGAUCUUGGAAGGCCAAGGUUUAUGACAUGCUUCAUGUGCAGGUCAGUGUGAAGUCAAGGAGAGUUCCUGGUGCUAUGACUGAUGAGGAGCUAUUUUCAGUUAAUGAUGAUGAUAGAUUGGCUAAUGGAGCUGAAAAUGACGAAUAUGAUGAUGUGUUGACAGCUGAGGAAAGAAUGCAGUUAGAUUCUGCGCUCCGCAUGGGGGAUGGUUUUGGUGAGGAUGAAGACAGUGAGGUGCAGGAUUGCCAUGAAAAUUUUGAUGCAGGUUCAUUUGAAAGCAGUGAAUCCAAUAUUGCUGCCAAAGAGAAGAAAAGCUGGUUUGGGUGGAAUAAGAAGAGUUCAAAGAACAUGGGAGAUGAUCCUGAGGAUUCAAAAAUUCUGAAGAAGUUCUCAAAGUUGGGACCUGAUGAUAGCAAGCAAAAGUCUAAUGAUAGUCGCAGAUCAUCAUCUGAGUUUCCUAGGGAGGAUAUGGGGGACCUAAAGAAGUCAAAAGACAAAAGUAGCAAGAAGAAAAAGAAGAAAGGGGCUGCUACUGAGUCAAAGAAUGAAAGUGAGUAUAAGAAAGGUCUAAGACCUGUUUUGUGGUUGACACCAGAUUUUCCUCUGAAAACAGAAGAACUCUUGCCUUUGCUUGACAUAUUGGCUAAUAAGGUCAAAGCAGUCAGAAGACUACGGGAGCUUUUGACUACUAAACUUCCUCCCAGCACGUUUCCUGUCAAGAUUGCUAUUCCGAUUGUCCCGACUAUACGUGUGCUGGUGACAUUUACAAAAUUUGAGGAGCUUCAGCCAGUGGAGGAGUUCUCCACCCCUUUAUCUAGCCCAGCACAUUUCCAAGAUUCCAAGUCUAAGGAGUCUGAGGGUUCCACGUCAUGGAUUUCAUGGAUGAGAGGAAGUCGUGGAGGCCAAUCAACUGACAGUGAAAGCCGCAGCUUCCGUGAUGAAGUUGACCCUUUCCACAUACCAUCUGAUUAUGCAUGGGUUGAUGCCAAUGAGAAAAAACGUAGAAUGAAGGCCAAGAAAGCCAAGAGCAAGAAACAUAGAAAGCAUGGGACAACCAGAAAUCCAGAUGGCGCACGAAGAUUGGGUGAGGAUGUUGAGUAGCAGUAAAGACGAUUGAUGUAGGAUCUGAAGGUUGGGGAGCAAAAUCUUGUUCCAGACCUGACCAAUAUUCUUCCUCGUGUGAUAAUUGAUGGCCAACCAUUUGGAGUGGCCUCGUUGUUGUAUUAGAAGAUGUUCAUCUUCUUCUGUUGUUUGUAUCGUUAUUUCAUAUGGAAAUCGGAAUGCGGUUGGUGCUUUAUUUUUCCUUAGACUACUGCUUCAAAUGUAUCUAGUUUAAUUUUGCCUGUGAUUGGAAUUUUUUUCUGAACUAGUAGUAGUUGCAUUUACAUAGCAUUUUUGUAAUGUUAUUUAGCUACAUGCAUUGUAAUUGGAAUCACCGAGAACAAAUUAUUGCAUUGGUUUUUCCUACUCAA